CGGCCCCGCCUCCUGCUCAGCCUCGCCGCUGCGUGUCUGGCUCAUUCAUCGGGAGCCAGCGACGGAGCCUGGCGGUCCCAGCACGCUCGCGCUCUCCUAUGGAGCUGCAGUCGGGACCGAUCCGUCCGCGGGGGAUGCUCGGCCCUGCCCGGGGUGCGAUCUGCCCUGAGCCGCUGUGAGGAGCAGAGGGGGUCACCAGGUACCACCAUGUCCCUGCCGCCCAUCCUGCCUCCCCCCGCCCCGGCCGCCACCCCCGCCGCCUCCCGAGCGCAGCCCAGGAAGCCGGCAGCCCCCAGGAAGGCAGCGCCGCCGCCGCCCGCCGAGGAGAAGCCGCCGAGGAAGCCGCGCGGGGCGCCCCCGGAGCGAGCCGGUCCCUUCCCCAGCUCCUGGCCCUGCGCCUCCCUGCAGAGGCAGCAGCCGCGGCGGCCGGCCCCGGCCCCGCCACAGCCCCGCGGCCGCUCCUGCGAGAGCCUGUGCGCGGCGGCGGCGGGGCCGGAGGCGGGGGCUGGAGAGGCCGCUCUGCGCUUCUCGCUCAGCCUCCCCCCCGAGGCGGCCCUGGUGCUGCAGCGCCGCAGCCUGGAGAAGCAGCGGGGGCGGCCGAGCCCCUCCGCCGGCACCGAGCGCCUCCUGCCGGGCUCCCGGAGCAAGGCGGCCCCGGCGGCGGGGGGCUCGGCGCGGAGGGGGGCCCGGGCCGGGCCGGGGUCCAGCCCCGGGGACCUGCGCGCCCUGCUGAAGAUCUCGCUGCUGAACGAGCGGCACCGCUACGACGACGUGGAGUACGAGGAGGAGGCGGCGCCGGGGGCCGUGGCGGACGAGGGGCUGGUGCGCAAAUGCACCGAGUGGCUGCGCGGGGUGGAGAGCGCGGCCGGCCGGGACCGGGCCGACAAGCUGGAGACUCUGCCCCACCUGGGGGCCCUCUGAUCUUGGGUGGCACCUGCCCGCCCAGCCGCCCGCACCCAGGGAGCGCUCAGCCCCCGCCCCUCCUCGCAGCAAGAGCCGGGGGGGCUCCCCAGGUGAUGUGCCCCGCAGCGGGGGGGUCUCCCUCUCUCCCCAUUAACCCCCCCCCGGGAAGCUGGACAGCGCCGUAUCCUGCUCCAAAGCCUCCUCCCGUGCUCGUCUCCCCAGACUCAGCCACAGAGAGCGGAGUUUUGGUGCCGGGUUUAACCGCCCGCCCUGCUGCUAUCCCCGCCUGAGGAAACUGACUUGCGCUUUGACCCCGUGGGGGCUGGCGGCUGUUCCAGGCGCUACAUAAACGGGGAAAAAUGUAUUUAUAGCUGCUGUGUACUGUGUAUUUUCAUUCACAUCUUGUGGGGAGAGAAAAAAAGGGGGGCUGACUAAUCAGUGUUGUAUAGAUGCUUCUCCUGAUUGGCUGGGCUGCUGGAUGCUUUUUAUCUGAAAUCAGGAGACAGAGUUUCUAGCGGAUGAUGGACAGGAUGGGGAGGUGUUUGAAUGUGAUCAAAUAUGAUAUGGGCAGAAACAGAGACAAACGUUCUCAGCAAGUUAAUUUACUCUAAUGCAACAGGUGCUUCAUCUGCUAUAUUCACUUCCCUGUUUUUUUGUAGCAAAAGCUGACUCCUGACAUUUGCAAGAAUUGUUUAUGAUCUCUGGGUUAGGGUAGGGAGAGGAAGAUGGGUGAAACUUGUUAAAACUAUAGAGCCUUUAUCAGAAACUAUCACAAAAGUGUCUUUGUGUUAAACAACAAAGGGCAGUCAAGCAAAAAGGAAAACAAAACCGCUGCGCAAUACAGGCCCUCAAGACAAAGUGUUCAGUUACUGAAGGAUAAAUGUAUUGAUUUCCUUUUGAAAAUAAACUACUUUGUAAAUAGA